CGCUCCGGGCUGCUCGGGCGCGCCGCGGUCGCUCCCGGCGUGGCGCUCCGGCCAGGCGGCAUGGCCGCGCUCCUGCUGCCUCCACUUGUCCCGCUGCUGCUGCCGCUGCUCGGGCUGCUCUGCCUCGGCCCCGCCGGCAGCCUCGGCAACCGGCACGCGGUGCAUUGGAAUAGCUCCAACCCGCAACUGCGGCACGAGGGCUACACAGUCCAGGUGAACGUCAACGACUACCUGGACAUCUACUGCCCGCAUUACAACGCCUCGGUGCCCGAGGGGCGUGUGGAGCAGUACAUCCUCUACAUGGUGAAUCUGGAGGGCUACCGGACGUGCGACAUCAGCCAGGGCUUCAAGCGCUGGGAGUGCAACCGGCCCCACGCCCCCCACAGCCCCAUCAAGUUCUCGGAGAAGUUCCAGCGCUACAGCGCCUUCUCGCUGGGCUACGAGUUCCACGCGGGCCAGGAGUACUACUACAUCUCAACUCCGACGCACAACCACCGUUGGGCCUGCCUUCGAAUGAAGGUUUUUGUCUGCUGUGCUUCCCCGUCGCACUCUGGGGAGAAAGCGGUUCCGACCCUCCCGCAGUUCACUAUAGGGCCAGAAGUGAAGAUCGAGGACUUGGAAAAUUUUAACCCGGAGAUGCCCAAGCUGGAGAAGAGCAUCAGCGGCACCAGCCCGAAACGGGAACACCUGCCCCUGGCCGUGGCCGCUGCCCUCUUCCUCAUGACACUCUUGGCCUCCUAGCCGUGCGGGCGGCCGUAGGAAGGGGGCCGAGCCAUCCCACCUCCCCGCGCAGGCCCGCAGCCCUCCCGAGACUCCCUCGGGGUUUGUGCAAGGGGCAAAGCCUCCAUUUGAAGGGGGGGAUCGACAGCCCCUGCAACGUUGGAGAGGACGGACAGCGCGACGGCGGAAGACCGCGAACUUUCUUGGCCGGGCCGCCCUCCUCCCGUCUCUUCCGCCCGGGCUCCGCAAAAGCAGCCCUGCUUCUCUCGCUCUCUCUCGCCUUUCCCUCCCGCCACGUCCUGGGGAGGCCGGGAGCUUUCGUCCGGCACGGGGACUUCCGGGGACGGCGUGGCUCUGCCGCCCGGGAGAGGCACCCGAGCUCAUCAGGGCCUCCACACCCCGCGACCCGCUUGAGGACGGUCUCGCCUCGGCCGUGAGCCGCCUGCUCGCUCUUCUGAUGCCCGGGCCAGCAAAAACCUCGGAGCCGCCGCCAUCAUCCACACGGACUUCGGACGGGCCACGGCGGUGUCGCCGCCGGGCAAUGUCGUUUUACCCUUUGGGAGGAAGCGCCGCUCCUGCGCAGACGGGGGCACCCUGUCCCAGGGACGCCCGCGCCGGAGAUGGGGACGGACCGUUUCCCAGGCGCUGGGGGCGAGGGGCGUCCUCGCCCAGCCCGGAGGGACCUGUACAUAUCUGUUGCGUGUUCUGUACAGAGAGAGGCUCCAUUAUCCGUGUCGAUAGAUUAUAUGAAGCUGUUCUUGUAGAGGGUGGGUGCGGGGCGGGCACCGGCUUGCCCAUGGAAGCCAGUCUCUUUUGUUUUUCGGGGCGUUUCCCCCCCUUUGUCUUCCGUGAAGACCAAACCUAUGCAAGAGGCACAGACACUUUCUCCUUCCCAAGGGGGUGCGGGGCUUGGGGGCAAAGACGACGUCGACAAAAAAAUAAGCAAAGGACCUUCUGGGGUCAGGAGUGGGGUGGGGGGGUGUUUCUCUCUUGUGUUUCUUUUUCCCCUUCCUCCCCGAGAGCUUUGGCUGACGA